AUGGAUCCAUCUACUGGAGCCUCAAAGUUUGUUGAUCUUCUAUGUAGUCAACAAUGUGUUUCGUUUGGUAACUAUGAAGAUAGCGUCUCACUUUCCUCAUCACAACUUCCAUUUGUAGGUAGUCAAGGAGGGGAAGCAUCAAGCGGCUUUGAUGGAGACACGCCUGCAGAGCCAAAAGGAAGACAGAGAUGGACAGCAUCUGAUGAUGUUGUGCUCAUCAGCGCGUGGCUAAACACGAGCAAAGAUCCCGUGGUUAACAACGAGCAAAGAGCAGGCGCAUUUUGGAGAAGAGUUGCUGACUACUAUGCUGCAAGUCAGGAGGCUACUGCAACUCAGAGAGAGCCAAAGAACUGCAAGCAUCGAUGGCACAGAAUCAAUGACGAAGUCUCCAAGUUCUGUGGUGCGUAUGAAGCGGCUACUAGGGAGAAAACAAGUGGCCAAAACGAGAAUGAUGUACUCAAGAAUGCUCAUCGCAUAUUCCUCGCCAUUAAGAAUAAGAAGUUCACACUGGAACACGCAUGGAAGGAGCUCCGCUACGACCAGAAGUGGUGUGACCUUGGUACUGCUAAGACCAAUGGGAGGUCGAAGAAGAGGAAGUGUGACGACGUUGCAGAAUCAUCUCCCUCGGAAGCUACUGCAAACAAGCAUCCUCCUGGUAUUAAAGCUGCAAAGGCGAGUGGUAAGAAGAAGGUGCAAUCACUGGGCGAGUUUGAGAGUAUGUGGACAAUCAAGCGUGAGGAUUUGAAAAUGAAACAGGGUAACCAUAGGAUGAGUCUGCUUGACAAGCUUAUGGGCAAAAAGGAACCUCUAACGGAGAGUGAGGAAGCCCUCAAGCAGAAGCUCAUCGAUGACAUGAUGUCUCCUUAG